AUGGAGAGGACGAGGAUCUUUGCCCUGCCGAGGGAGCCGUCUCCAUCCCGCACCUCAUCCUCAUCCUGCUCCUCACUGGUGCCAAUCAAGCUGCCACCAGUGCACGUCGGGCAGCCAAAGGUGGGACCAAAAAAUAUUCACCCCCUCACAGUGCCAGAGGUGCAGCCCCGGCAGCCGCUGGCAGUGCCACGCUGUGAGGAGGAAGCAGAGGCCUUGAUCCAUCUGCGCUUGAGGAUGAUAGAAAUUAUGGAGAAGAAGCCCAACUCCCAGGCCACCCAAGACCCACUGCUGAGCCUGCAGAGGGGGCCAAGUGUGAGGGAUGAGGCAGUUCCAGAGGUGCAGCCCCGGCAGCUGCAGACAGUGCCGCUCAGUGAGGAGGAAGCAGAUGCCUUGAUCUGUCUGCGCUUGAGGAUGAUAGAAAUUACGGAGAACAUGGAGAAAACGGAGAAGAUGAAGAAGAAGCGCAACAACCAGGGGCGCAGCGCCCUGGAGUGCUCAGUCCCAGGAGCGCCGCUCUGCGAGGAGGAAGCAGCUCCCAGGAUCUCUUUGCGCUUGAAAACAGUGGAAGUUACUGAAAGUAUGGAGAAGAAGCCCAACUCCCAGGCCACCCAAGGCCCAAUGCUGAGCCUGCGGAGGAGGGCAGUUUUUAAAAAGAUCAGCCCGGUGCAUCCUUUGUGCUGUGCAUUAUGUUGCUCUUUCAUUCAGUUUUUAGAGCCAGCCUGUGAAGAGAAGCCCCCCAGGGGAGCAGAGCCUGCUGAAAGUUCUGACAUCCUCUCCCUAAGCCAGGACCUUCAUUCACCUCUUGCUGUACCCAAAGCUCCCUCCUCACCACGACAGGAGUUCCCUGCAGACUGGAGCAUUAAAACACGGGUUCUCUUCAUGUCCUCGCAGCCCUUCAGCUGGGCAGAGCACCUGAAAGCGCAGGAGGAGGCGCAGGGCUUUGCUCAGCACUGCCGAGCCACAGAGCCCGCCCUGCCCCAGAGCCUGCAGGAGCCCCGGCUGAGCACGGAGCUGCGCUGUGCCUUCCAGCAGAGCCUGGUCUACUGGCUGCACCCCUCGCUGCCCUGGCUGCCGCUGUUCCCCCGCCUGGGGGCCGACAGGAGGAUGGCUGGGAAGGCCUGUCCUUGGGCACAGGACCAGGCCUUGCAGCAAGUGCUCAUGAGUGACUGGUCUGUGAGCUUCACCUCCCUGUACAACCUGCUGAGGGCGCGGCUGUGUCCCUAUUUCUACGUGUGCGCGGCGCAGUUCUCGGUGCUGUUCCGCGCCGCGGGGCUGGCGGGCAGCGCCGUGCCCACCGCCGCCAUCGCCCCCACCACGCGCGGCCUGCGCGAGGCCAUGAGGAGCGAGGGCAUAGAGUUCUCCUUACCUUUUCUGGAGGAAGGUAGAAGCAGGAAGCAGAAGAACUCUGAGGAGAGUUUGGAGGAAGAAACCCCCGGAGGGGGCAGCAGUGUGGAGGAUGCAGGGGAACCAGCUCCCAGCGAUGAUGAGGACGAUGGAAGCUUCUCUUGGCUUGAGGAGAUGGGAGUCCAAGACAAGGUGAAGAAACCAGAUACUAUUUCUAUCCAACUGCGCAAGGAGAAGCACGAGGUGCAGGUGGAUCACAGACCCGAGUCGCUGGUGCUGGUGCGGGGCAGCAACACCUUCACCCUGCUCAACUUCCUGAUCAGCUGCCGCAGCCUGGUGGCCGCGGCGGGGCCGCAGGCGGGGCUGCCGCCCACGCUGCUGGCGCCGGUGGCCUUCAGGGGCGGGACCAUGCACACGCUCAAGGCUCGCACUCUGAGCGGCCGCGCCCGGCUGCAGGGCGGCUUUGAGGACGUGUUCAGCCUGGAGGUGCUGGGGCCGGUGCUGCCGCACUCCCUGCACGCCCUGACUCUGCUGCUGGGCCCGGCCCAGCGCGGCUCCUUCCGCGCCCUGCUCAGCCCGCACGAGCCCAGCGCCGCCUUCAACGCGGCCCCGCCCCAGGAGGGCGUGCAGCAGGAGCUGCCCCCCUGCGGGCUGCACCCCCGGACUGUGGAUCAGCUGAGCCAGAGUCCCACCCUGGGGAAAUCCUGCCUGCGCCUGCUGGAGAUGAAGGAUUACUGCUACACCUGGAAGCUCUAGAGUGCUGCUGCCUGCAGCUGGGCCUGGGGCAGGGCAGGAGGGACACCAGGGUGUCACACACCCCCCACAGCUGCUGCACGUAACACUUCAAGGGCUUUGGACAUCUUUUUUAUUGUAUACAGUGUU